CUCUCACCGCAUUCCCCUCGUCCUACGCCCCUCCUGUUCGACACCAUGUUCAUUAUCAACUGGUUCUGGGACGUCCUUGCUCAGCUUGGACUGCUGCAUAAGAACGCCAAGAUCCUCUUCCUUGGGCUCGACAAUGCUGGCAAGACCACUCUCCUGCAUAUGCUGAAGAAUGAUCGGCUCGCGACGCUUCAACCUACACUCCACCCUACCUCCGAGGAGCUCGCCAUUGGAAACGUGAAAUUCACAACGUACGACUUGGGUGGUCACCAGCAGGCGCGUCGCCUCUGGCGUGACUACUUCCCGGAGGUCGAUGGCAUUAUCUUCUUGGUAGACAGUGCCGACUUCGAGCGUUUCUCUGAGUCGAAGGCGGAGCUCGAUGCCCUCCUCUCAAUCGAAGAGCUUUCGAAGGUUCCGUUCCUUAUCCUCGGUAACAAGAUCGACGCGCCCGGCGCGGUGAGCGAGGACGAGCUGCGGCAUCAGCUAGGCCUCUAUCAGACCACUGGCAAGGGCAAGGUCCCUCUCAACGACAUCCGCCCCAUUGAGAUCUUCAUGUGCUCAGUUGUGCAGCGGCAGGGCUAUGGCGAGGGCUUCAGGUGGCUCUCACAAUACAUCUGAGCGACGGUUUCCAUCGGGGGACACCUUCUCGUCAUUAGCAGUCCUUGGCUAAAGUAUCACUCGUAGUCAUUAUCACGACGUAGACCUAUGUGUCUCGCGACUAGUCUUGACUUCCUAGCUAUUUUCUUCUGUUGUGGAAUGUUAUAUGUUUCCUUCCUUACCCUCUACGGAAU